ACUGGGAACAACCCCAGUCCUUCAGCUUAAGCAAUUUGCUCUUGUACCACUGCUGCUAUAUAUUUCACUUCCAAAAAUCUCACCUCCUAAUCUCUCUCACUCUCUCUCUCUCUCUCUCUCUCUCGAUCUCUCCCUUAUCUUUCGUUUGUAAUAUCCUGGAAUUUGUUGUUUCACAGAAAAAGUGAUGACAGCUCCAAACAUGGCGACCAUCACUGCUUCUUUAGAGAGGUCCCUUCAGAACUGUUCGCUAAACGACCAAACAAGAAGUGGUACGGGCGCAGGUUUAGGCGUAGGAGGGUCGUCUUCAAGCUCAGACGAGACACCGGAUAACCAUCUCCCUAACUCCGACACCUCCUUAGAGCUCAACUCUCAUAUGUCCCUCCCUUACCACUGGGAACAAUGCCUCGAUUUAAAGACAGGGGAGGUUUACUAUAUAAACUGGAGGAACGGCAUGAAAGCAAAAGGCGAUCCAAGGAUAACACAAGAAUACAGUGGAGAUUGCUACUCAGAAGACGAUAGCUCAUAUGAUAGCGAGGAGUCUUCCUCGGAGUCCUCUCCCUCUUCCUCUAGAGAGCAUUACCGGGUAGAGAAAGAUCAUAAAGACCAUGUUUUGGUUGUGGCCGGGUGCAAGAGCUGUCUCAUGUAUUUCAUGGUGCCCAAAAAGGUGGAAGAUUGCCCCAAAUGUAGCGGUCAACUUCUCCACUUUGAUCGAUCCGAAAAUGGAUCUCCGUGAUGAAUCAUGACAUUAAUUUCUUGUGUGAUUGUUUCUCAUUUUACUUUUCUACUCAAACCCCUUUGUGCUUUUGAAAAGUUUCAGUGUGGAUUGAUCAAUGAAAUAGGUGACAAAUGGGUUUGGUAA